AUCGGCCCAGUGGUUUAUCCACAUCCUCCAAGGCCCUCUUCGGAUACAGUCGCGAGUUCGCUUUCGGGAGCAAACGCGAUUUCUUUAAUUUCAGUUGUUUUUUUUUACGUUUUGAUUUGUCCAAAAUUUAUCGGAAGCGAUCUGUUCGAACGUUUUUUUUUAGGGGGAGGAUAGGAGUGACGCGUUUAUUUUUGUUUGUUUUUUUUCGUUUUCUAAAAAAAAUAUAUGUAAUGUGAUAAUUGUAAUAUAAUAGUUAUUUGAUUUGAAUAAGUUUGUAUAAUACAUAAGAAGAAAACGAAAGAGGAAGAAAAGAAAAACAAAGAGUUGCCAAGAUGUCUGUCAGUAAGAAAUCUAUCUCAUCUAUCUCAGGAUCUAUCAGCGAGAAGGAAGCGUCCUACAGCAUAACAGGAGUCGAGGAGGAUGUAAAAGCAAGCAAAAAGGGCCUGAGUUUCGGGAUGACCUCCUUCUUCCUGGUGGCACAGAUGGCCGGCGCUGGAUUCCUGGCACUGCCCCGGGCCCUUGCUGACACUGGCUGGUUUGGUAUCGCCAUGAUGACUAUCUUCUGCGUGAGUGUAGCUUUCUCGGGCACUCGUCUCGGCCGUUGCUGGACUAUCCUGGAAGAGAGGUAUCCUGAAUAUUCGCAGCCAGUGAGACAGCCAUACAUGGAGAUCGCAUAUAGGUCGAUGGGUUUGGCUGGGAGACGCGCCGCCUUAGCAUCGGUAGUGAUAAACUUAUACGGAAGCACGACGGUCUUCAUCAUCCUAAUUUCGCAAAUGAUUUCGUCCCGGGAAAGUGUUCUCUCUCUAUGCGAACUUGUGCUCAUCGUUGGAUUUCUCAUUAUCCCUCUCACCUGGUUGGGAACGCCGAAGGAUUUCUGGCAAGCUUCCGUGUUGGCAGUGGUGUCAACGGUGGUGGCGUGUAUUGUCAUCAUCGUCCAGAUCCUGUUGGAAGAACCUAACCUUCCUGAGCCCGUGUUCAACAAUCCUACAGUGUCGUCCUUCUCCCUGGGUUUCGGUGCCAUCCUAUUUUCCUUCGGCGGGUCAGCUGUGUUCCCGACCAUCCAGAAUGACAUGCAGGAUCGGACACAAUUCUGGAAGAGUGUCGUUGUGGGUUUUGCAGUGAUCCUAUCCCUGUAUGUCCCCGUGGCCUCUGUGGGCUACGGCAUCCUCGGGCAAGAAGUCGAAAGCAACAUCUUGCUCUCUGUACCUAAGGGCGUGGCUGUUAAUAUCGCCAUCAUUCUGGAAAUUAUCAAUCUACUCAGCACUUUCAUCAUCAGCUUCAACCCCGUGGCUCAGAGUCUUGAGGAUAUUCUGAACGUUCCUAAUAAAUUCUGUCUGAAGCGCGUGCUACUCCGCUCCUCAAUGGUGAUGCUGCAGAUGCUCAUUUGUCUCGCUGUCCCGGACUUCGGCCUGAUCCUUAACCUGAUUGGCGGAUCCUGCAUCACGCUGUGCACGUUUGUGUUCCCUCCCAUCAUGUACAUGAGGCUUAUGGACAUGGAGGGAGAGCCCAGCUGGCCCAAGAGAAAGCUGCCUCUUUGGGAGCGAGUUUACCUGAUAGAGAUUCUGAUCGUGGGCGUCGUUGGCGGUAUUUGCUCCACUGUCUCGGCUGUCAUUGCUAUUUUGGAUCCGGCUGGCUUCCAGAAAAAUUGCUUCGUCAACUUUUUCGACCUUUUUUAAAUGUCUUCAGGUUGAGAAUUAAAAAAGAAAAAAGAGAGAGAGAAAAAAAAAAUUAAAUGAUUGCUUGA